AAUUGACAGGACUGUCCAAUGGAAGACGAGCGCCCACUGAGCAGCGCACUUGUGAUCGAGCCGUUUCAAGGAGAGCGCUACCCAGAGAUGCCGACGUUAACAUUUAUUUUCGGUUUGUGCUUUUCACUCUCGACGGCUUUUUAUUUCCACGCGGGGGAACGAGAGGAGAAGUGCAUAAUAGAAGACAUUCCCAGUGACACCCUGCUGACAGGGACUUUCAGGAUCCAGCAAUGGGACACACGCAGACACGACUUCCUGGAGUCGGCUCCGGGUCUGGGAAUGUUUGUGACUGUUACAACCUACAAUGAUGAGGUGUUAUUGUCCAAGUUAUAUGGCCCACAAGGAACAUUCUAUUUUACUUCACAUUCACCUGGCGAACACAUCAUUUGCUUGGAAUCUAACUCUACAAGGCUUGUGUCAUUUGGAGGGAGUAAGCUGCGGAUUCACUUAGAGAUCCGAGUUGGACAACACGACCUUGAGGCAGCCGCUGCUCAAGCGAAGGACAAAGUUAAUGAAGUUAGCUUCAAGCUGGAACGUCUAAUUGAGCAAAUUGAGCAAAUAGUCAAAGAACAAAACUAUCAAAGGGACCGUGAAGAAAAUUUUCGAAUGACCAGCGAAGAUACAAAUAGCAAUGUGUUAUGGUGGGCUUUUGCACAAACAUUAAUCUUCAUCGCAAUUGGAAUUUUCCAAAUGAAACACCUUAAAGACUUCUUUAUAGCUAAGAAACUUGUUUAAGAUGUUAACAAAGAAAACUACUUGCUAACUUGCAUAAUGUUUGGUUAAUAAAUCAAUAUGUAUUCAUAACCGA